AUGCUCGACCUGGAGGCCUUCGCGGCUGAGGCCGAGGAGGCCAAGAAGCCUCCCUCGUACGGCGUCAACGCCGACCUCGGGCUUAAAAUCUACAACCUGCCCAUCAAAGGCCAACACGGCUUCAUGGUCAGCGCCUACGACUUCACUCACAACCGACUUGACGUGUGCCCGUUCUUCAUCCACGAGCGCGGGGUGAUUUUGCUGGUCUACAACCUGGAAACGGAGCUGGCCCAGCCCACGAUCGAGAAGUGGCUCAAGCUCAUUCGUCAGGUGACCUACAACCCCACCUCCCCGGGCGACUACCUCAAGCGCACGGCCAGACCUCCCACGCCCAACUCUCCGCGUGUGCUCGUCGUCGGGACAUUCCAAGACGCGAGGAAGUGCACCAGGGACCACCUGGUGGCCGUCCAGGAGCGCAUCCAAACGCUCUCCAAGCGCUUCCCCAACAUCAUCGGCUCUCACACCGUGUCCAACACCACGCGCAAGGGGAUCCCAGCGCUCCAGGAGGCCCUCGAGGUCGAAGUGGUGGCGUAUGGCCACAGCGUGAGCGACUGGUUCAAGCACAUGCCGGUGGGGGUCCUGGCCCUGCACGACAAGCUGCGCCAGAUCCGCAAGUUCGGCUAUCCGCCGGAGGGCGAGGGCGACGACGCAGCUCGCAAUAAGAACGACACCAUCGUGCGCAAGAAGAACAAGUCAGUGCCCGUCAUCUUCUUCAGCGACCUCGAAAAGUUUGCCCUGGGGUAUGGAAUGAACCACCAUCAGCUCCAGUCGUGUCUUCGCUUCUGGAACGACGUCGGCAUCAUCUCCUACAUCAACGACCCGCACCAGCGAGGCUGGUACCACCGCGGCGAGUCGACGUCGCUCAGCAGCUGGGUGUUCCUCGACCGCAAUUGGCUGGCUCACCUCUACCUCCGCCUGUGCCAAAACGCCCGAGAGUUCACACCCAAGAGGGGCAUGUUGGUGUGCCCGGAGCGAGGCAUGGCCCUGUGCUCGCACCUCCCCUCGGUGUGGCCCAAGGCCAUGUGCAAGGAGGAGCGACGCGAGAUUGCGCUCAUGUACCUAGAAAAGAUGGAGAUGGUGUUUUAUCUCCGACCGAAGCGAAUGAAGGUGCUGAUCCUCGAGGAGAACGAAGACGACGCCAAGAAGGGCAUCGCCACCUCUCAGAACGGCGAGGCGCAGCCCAGCGCAGAGAAUUCCUCGGACGGCCCGAGCGUCGACAUGGCGACAUCUGGAACAACGACCGCGACGACCACCACGAUCGAGGCCGCCGCUGCGACAUCGACGGAGCCGGGCGACGACGACCACCAAAGCGGAGAGUCCGCGGACGUGCGCACCGAAGCGGACGAGGUGGCCGUCGCUGAGGCGGUCGACGAUGGUAACGACCAGGACAAAACGGAGGAGACCAAGGAGGGCGACAAGCCACAGAAGAAGGAGAUGACGCCGAAGACCGCGCGCCGGACGGUGUUGACGAAGUCCGGCGAGCGCGGGCGAGCCGGCACGGCCUCCAUUCUUGACGACAUGAAGCGGAUGAGACGCCGAGAACAGCAGCAAAGCGGCAGCGGCGGCGGCAGCGAAAUCGCCCGGGUGUCGCCGAGGGCCGAUGGCUUGGCCAAGGACGACACGGACACUCCGUCGACGACAGCGCAGCAGCAGCUUAAGAAGGCGGUGAUGAUUCAAACCACGAAUGAAAAGAGCGAAGACGUCGGCGGAGGCAAAACGAACGAAGAGGAAAGCGAAGGCGGCGGCGGCGGCAAGGAGAAGAAAGAGAAGGACGGCAAUUUCAUUCGGCGGAAGAUGGCCCGCGCCUCGCUCCUGCUGCGGAGCAACGAGGUCUCCAAGGAGCUGGCCAGGAUGGAAAAGAGCGAAAAGGAGAAAGAGAAAAAGAACGAAGACGGCGAUGGGCGGCCGAAGGAGGAUGUGGAGGAGGAGGGCUACGGGCGCAGCAUGAACCUGAGCGAGGGCGGCCUCAUCAUGCUCACCUACAGCAGCAAGAUGGCCACGCGACGGCCGGACGGAGCUACGGGCGACGAUGUCGGCCUCGGCAGCGGCGAUGCCGGCGCGCCCAACGCGUUGGGCGAGCGAGGGAAUGCAAAGAAUGCCUCAGGGGAGGAGGCGCGCGUGCCCAGCAGCAGCCCGCUGGCCCGCAUGAACGCCUCGGGCAAGCAGAAGGCGCUGCUCAAGACGAAGCGUGAGCACUUCAAGACCGUGUACCGUAACAUGUCGUCGAUCGAGAAGGAGCUUAACAUCAAAGCGAGCGGCCUCUCGGAGGGCAUCGACAGCACGAUUCCAAACAUGCUGCAGGUGGGCGGCGCCGCCGACCCGCGACUCUUCGUCCCGCAGGCGCUCCCCGCCAAAAUCGACGACUUCGAUCGCAAGAGUUCCCCGGCAGAGAUUUUGGCCAACGCCGGGUGGAAUCCGCCGGCGGUGGACGACGAGGCCAAGCCGCGCAAGGUGGUCGUCGACGCGCCCACCACCGUGCAGCAGCGCAUCUUCUCCUUCGACUCGCCCACCGCCCUCCCCUCUAGUCUGUUGGCGCGUCUGGUGGUGCGGUUCCUGGAGGUGGGCUGCAAGCUGCCGCUGGUGUGGCGGCAGGGCAUGCUGGUGAUCAAGGACGACUGCCUGGCGCUGAUCGAGGGCAACUGCCCCGAGCAGGACCAGGUCACCAUCUCCGUCUACGGCAAGCAGCAGACGGCCAAGUUCAUCGCCCUGCUCGAGUUCAACUUCAACGACUCGGCCACGCACUGGUACGGCCUCGUGCCCACCGUCUACAUCCCCUGCGUCCACUGCCUCCGACGCGGCACACAACCACCGCACCUGUUUUCACUGCACGAGUGUGAGGAGGCGGUGGUGCACGGCCGGACGUGGCUCUCGUGCCCGCGCCAGGCACGGGAAUCCCAGGGCAUCAAAGUGUUUCUGAACCAGCUGGUGCCGGACCUGGCGUUGGCCGGCCUGGAGCGGUUUCAGAUCGAGUACGCCGAGAUCCAGAUCCUGGGCGAUAUCGCCCGGGGCUCUGUCUCUCUGGUCAAGAAAGGUCUGUACAAGGGGCAGGAGGUGGCGGUCAAGGAGUUCGUGCUGCCCGAUUCGCACGACCACUUUUCCCGCGCCGAAUACCUCAAAGUCCUCCAAGAGUUCCGAUCGGAGGUGAGUUUGCUGAGCGGCCUGGACCACGAGAACAUCGUGCGGCUCGUCGGGUUCUGCAAGACGCCGCUGUCGCUGGUGAUGGAGUACCUGCCCGAGGGGGACCUCCUCCAUUUCCUGCGCGAGCGGAAGAAGAACGAAGUCGACCUGUCGACCAAAAUGACCAUCGCCCUCGACAUCGCCAGGGGCAUGUAUUUUUUGCAUUCCACAUCGCCGCCGAUCAUCCACAGGGACCUCAAGUCGGCCAAUAUUUUGCUCAACAACAAUCGCGCCAAGGUCACCGACUUUGGGCUCUCCACGGUGUACUCGCUCACCACGCAGGGGCGCGACGUGGACAACCCGCUCUGGCUGGCGCCCGAAGUCAUGCGAGGCGAGGAGGCGUCGGAGAAGGCCGACUGCUACUCGUUCGGGGUGAUCCUGUGGGAGAUCGCGUCCCACGAGACCCCCUACGCCGAAUACAACUACUCCUUCGUCACCCACCUCGAAGACAGGAUAAUGAAGGAGCAGCUGCGACCGACAAUGCCGCAAGACACGCCGUGGCAGCUGGCCAAUCUUAUCCGGUCGUGCUGGAAGGACGCGCCGUCCGAGCGCCCCUCGUUCUUCCAGAUCGUGCGACGGCUCAAGCAGAUGCUGGGCGAGUUCGAGGAGGACGAGGCCGAGCGGCGGCGCCUCAAGGUCGAGUACGAGCGCGAGCUCAACCUCGGCGCCUCGUCAUCUUUCGCGUCGUCUUCGUCUUCAUCGUCUUCUUCGGGCGGCGGCGGUGGCGUGGGCAGCAGCAUCGGCGUGCUGGGCAAGUCGCUACUCAAGAUCGGGCGCGGGCUGGGCGACCACCGAGCGACUGCCGAUGACUACCACGGCGGCGGCGAGCUGCUCAGCCCACGCGGCGGUGGCGGUGGCGGCGGGCACUCACACGAGGGCGAGGAGUUGGUGCUGAAGGUUAACCCGCUGAUGCGCAUCCGGAAGAUGACGCUGGCCAACAUCACCACCGCCGCAGACGACACAUCGGCGGACACACAAAUGCCACCACAACAGCAGCAGCGGGCCAGUGGGCGCCCUGGUCACCGACGCAAGUUCUCGAUUGGGAGCGCACUCGGACAGAGUGAGAAGGAGAAGGACACCAUCACCCCUUCUGGCAAGCCCUUGUAA